AAGUUUAACCAGAUUAAAUCACCGUUUUUUUAAUACAAGGUUAACAUCUUAGCAUCUUUUCUGUUUACUGUAUGAUUGCCUGUUGACAGUAGCUUAAAAGAUUACAACUCCAUGUACUUCUGUGUACGUUGUGAUAUGCUGCCUUCCUUGAAAUAUGUAUACACAAAAUGAAACCGCAUGUCAGAAUAUCAAGAAAGAAGAGUAAAUUUUCUACAAUGCAUAAAUUGAUUUUAAAUUAUGCAAAUUUAAAUAACAUGAAACAGCUGGACACAACUCCUGUUUGCAAAUAAGUUAGGAUUUUCUGUUUGCAGUGACAACAUUAAAAUUGCUUAUUACGGAAAUAAAAGUUCAAUCUUAACAUCAAACCGAAAGAGGAAGUACUUGUAAAUACCGUUGGAAUAUAUAUUUAAUCUACCGGAAACUGAGGAUAGAUUUCCCGGAAGCAUAAAGCACCCGAACACAGCCAUAGAGCCAUGCAUCGCCAAAUAGGCCUUCAAUAAGAAGAAACUGCAACGGAAAGUAUUAGAGACGGAUUGCUUCAACAAGUUCAUGUAUGGGAAGGGGAGUCAUUUCUGAUUUCACGAGUGAGUCAGACUAGAAACAAGCGAUUUCUUUACUUUAGUUUUGAAUUUUAAUUUACAACUAUGACGGCUGUGCUGGGUCGAACUGAGGUCGGUAUAAGACAGGUCGGCGGUGCUGUAACUGUAGCUAAUGACCCAAAGGCCAGGCUUAUGUACUAUUUGAAUUGUAUGUGCUCGGUACUGGACCUCAGUGAUACAGCUAACAUGACCAGACUAAGAAACUAUAAAGAAUACUCUUUACUGACAGAGGCAGAAACAGAUGCUCUUAUAACACUCGGCAUCCUUCUCUCACCUGACGAGCUUUGUGGAAAAGUUAUUUUUCAGGAUGAAGCCUUGUGUGGGGAGAGUUCCAACAGGUUCUAUGAGAUAAGUGCAGUGCAUAGGGACCUUUUAGUCUCUGAUUCUAUUAUAAUCGGUGGAAAACGCAGGACCGUCUCCAUGAUUAUGGCGUUCAAGCCAUACUGGCUGGUAAAAAAUUGGGUAGAACCCAUGCAGUACUUCGCCCCUCGUCUUUCCAGAAUCGCUGGUGCUGCACCCGCAAGAACGAGAUAUUCUGGCGCUGGAAGGACACAGAGGUAUUCCGAGAAUACCCCCUUAAUAGAACCAAACAGUGCUGGCGGAUGUUGUUGUACAAUACUAUAGUGGUUGUUCUUCGAAGGUGCCACGAUUCAUUUAUAACGCAUAUAAUAUAUUAAGACUUUAAUCAAACAGACACUGAAAGUUAUAAUAGUGUUCAAAAUAGUGUUCCAAAACCAGUGAAAGGUUUCCCUACGAACUGAGAUAAUACAUUCGGUAGACUUUAACAAGGUUUGAUGAGAAAAUUGUUGUAUAGAUAUAUAAAAAGAUGAAAAAAGGACCAAAGACA